UUAUUGAUCUUACAAUCUCACUAUACGUAUCGUGCAAAAUAUGAGUGUUACAUAUUGUCUUAAAUUAUUGAUUUUUUCCAAGUAUCUCUCGUAGCAUAUUACAAGCGACAACAGACGGUUACUAUGGAUACUUUCCCCUAUUUACGAAAGAAUUCUCAGGUAUUAAAGUGUUCUUGUUUCCAGUGAGGCAGACACGUUCAAAUAUGACGUAUUUUAAUCACAUUAGAAAGAUUGAACAUUUUUACGCCAUUGGAAAAUCAAUAAAAUGAAUCGAUUGAACGAAAGAGUUUCAAGACGAUGGAGUACCCCGGGAACCUCGCGGAGAAACCAUUCAAGCAGUAGUGAGGAAUCUUCGUCACUUACCGACAGCACUGAGCAUUCACUAUGUGUGCAAAAUACUAGCACGCCUCUUAGAUUUGAAUGGUCAAAUUCAGGAGAGAUCAACAGGUCCCGACGAGGACAAGGAGAUAUCGAGGACACAGAAGAAGUAUUCUCUGACAAAAAGGAAUUGAGAAAAUUUCAGAGACAGAAAGAGCGUGCCGACCGAAAGAGAUAUCAGGACAAUCAUGAAAGACUGAGAGAAGGACACGACCGACGUGAGAGACAAAGGCACGAUAAACGUUUUGAAGAUUCUGCGAAUAAAAGGCAGAAGAAAACAUCUAGUUCAGAAUCUUCGAACAAGAAUUAUGGUGAAAGCGACUUUGAACGCUCGAAAAAGAAGAAACGAGGUGACAAUGAAUUGCCCAUUACGGAAAUAUUAAAAAGGUCGCAAGAGAAUGCGCAUACUAAAUACGAGCACGAAGCGCCACUACCUGUAUUAACAACGGAUAAGGUUUACGUACAGCAUAGGGGUGGUUUCAGUGCAAUGAAAAUCAAUCAAAUAAAGAAUUCGUCCAGUGAUAAAAAAACUGAAAGAGAAAGCAGCGUUGACCUUGACGAUGGUCAAAAUUCUCCGCCUAUAAAGAUGGCCAUUAUGCUCCAACAAUUUUGGAAAAAUACAGGUUUUUUAUACCAAGGUCUUUUAGGCGGAUUGGCGCUUGUGCAUUUUAUAAUGUUACACGUAUUUUUCAAUAAUUCCAUGGAAUUCAUUAUGAAAUACUCGACAUUUUGCGAAAUUUAUACAAACGUCUUUUCAUUUCUUAUUGUCAUGUGUAUCGUUACAACGUUCGACAGAUUUGAUUUAGCACGAUUCGACGUGGAACAUCUGCGUGAGCUUUACUUCGACUACAACAAAGCAGUAAUAGCAGUUCCUUUGUACCUCGUCGUUUUCUGUCUUCAUCAAGUCAACGCAGGAACCGACAAUCAAUUAACUUUAAUACACUAUUACAAUUCUAAUGACUCCGCGUGGCAAAAUGUAACUAAUAUUCAAUCUCUUCUGGAUGACUUAAAUAGUUGGCAAAAGAUAUCGAUGUCUAAAGAUUUACUCGCAUUCUUUGCCUGGUUGUUCAUUUCCCUUGGUACCAAGGAUGAUUCGUUUCUAAUGUACUUGCAAUCGAUGGAGAAGUAUGCGAACGAUAUUGAGUCUUCCAGACGGUAAACUGAUCAAACUUUCUUCGGUAAAGAUGCAUUAAUUAAGGAUAGGAUACAUAUAAUAUAGAGGAAUUUAGAUAUAAUUAAUAAUUGAUAAAUAUUAAUUAUUAAGAAUAUUUGAGAUUUUACUCACGAAAGUUCGUUGCAAGAUUGUAAAUGAGUACUUAAAAUUAUUAUAUCGCGUCUUAAAUUGAAUUCCCCGUAAUUAUAGGUUCUUUAUUUUACGCAAGAAGAUUUGUAAAUUAAUUCAAUAUAACGUAGAGCAUAAGUUCGAUUCUACCAUUGACUAGGUCUAAUCCAUGUAAUAAUUAAUUGAUUAUAUAAAGAUUUGUGUCUGAAA